AUGGACAUUGAAGAGCGUUUAGAAAAAGCAGAACAAUCUGAUUCUCCAUCUUUGGUUGGAUCUUCCAUUAGAUCAGCCGACGAUUCCACUCACAAGAAUUAUAUCCACCCAGAAAAAUACAAAUCUUCCAAAGAUAUCAACAAAUUGAAAAGAUAUUCGAAAUUGAAUUCAGCAAUUACCGCAUCUUUGGAUGAUUUGAUCAAUGAAGGGGCUUUGUUAGGAUCAGAAGCUGAUUUUGACAAGUUUUUAGACCAGGAUGGUAGUGUCAAGACUGAUGCUCAAUAUACACCCGAAAAAAAGGUUGCUCUGGAAGAAACCGAUGAUGUUACAAGCACUAAAGGUGAUGAAGUUGAAGUUUUGAAAACCCAGAAAGAGGACAAGAAAGCACAAGUUGCAGAAUCUUCCCCUCAGAAAUCUUCUUCUGAUGAAAAAUCUUCUGAAACUGAAUCUUCGGUAAUUGAAUCAGAACCUGAAAUUAGUAGUACUGAAGAUACUGCUACUGAUAAUGUUGGAGGUAAAACUGCUGCCUCUUCCUUCUACAAACAAGAAGAUUAUUCAACCCCUAACUUAUCUGAAUUUCAAUUAGAACACGAUAUUAAAGAUCACAAAGAAUUGAUAGACCACGUCCAAUCUUAUGACUUGCAAAAAUUACCAAAUUCCAAUUCUAGUUUCAAUUCCAAAUUUAGAAAAGAUGAAGAAGUGGUCUCUGCUACAUCAUCACAGCCUACUUUGCUUUCUCCAGCGCAGCAACAAAGAUUAGAAGGUGGAUUACAUACUCCUUUUUUUCAUACUGAAAGACCAAGAUCCAGAUCAAGGUCAGCUAAUCCAACAUCUACAACCAGAGAUAGAUCUUCCUCAAGAAAUUCAACUGGUUCAAGGAAACCUCAUUUGGCUCGUGGUGACUCUUACAAGAGUACUCAUGAAGAAGAACCUUCUAAAUAUGAAUUACCAGCUGAUUUAGCUCAGGAAGUUGAUGAAGCCAAAGAAGAAGAAGAACCAGAUGAAAGACGUUCAAGACAAUCGAAACCAACUAUGGGUGAAUCUAUUGCUGCUGCCGAAGCCAAAGCCGAGGCAUUAGGUAAAGCUGCCGAUCCAGCAUUUGAAGCUGAUACCCCAUUGACUAGAGAUCCUUCAUUAGUAACUACUGGUGAUUAUACUAAUUUUGAAGUUGAUACACCAAAGAAGGAAAUCCCCUUGUCAGACAAUUUCUAUACUGCUCGUUCUGCUUCUGCCACCAAUUAUCUUCGUUCAAUUUCUCGUUCUCGUUCUGCAGCAAGAAAUGCAAGUUCAGUAGUUGGAAAAGAUGAGAAGAAUGAUUCAAGUACUGAUGCAUUGGUUAGAGAAGGCGCUUUGAUCAGUGAUGAUCCAUAUUCUACUAUUGAACAAUUGGAUACCAUGGUAGAAGAGGUUUUACACAUUGGAGACAAUACAUUAACCCUGGAUACAAAAUCAACUGACACGAAAGAUAGUGAGAAGGAAAAGUUUGUCGCAGAACCUAAAAGUGUUGACAAAACGAAAGAAUUAGAAACGAAGACCUCAGAGAAAAGUGAAGAGAGUAAAGAAUCGGGUGUUGAAAAACUAAAAGAGUUCGAUACCGAAAAAGAAAUCUCAGUAGAAGAGUCCAAAAAAGUUGAUGACAACGAUGAAACAGAUUUGAAAGAAUCAAAAGAAACUAAGGUCGAAAAAGCUUCCGAUAAACCAAUUACUCAUGAGGAACUUAUUGAUGAAGAUAUCGAAAAAGCAAAACAUCAAAGUAAUGAAAAAGAUGAUGCCAAUACUGAUGUUCUAGCUGAAGAAGGUGCUUUGGUCAAUGAAGACGAUUAUGAUUUAGUUGAUAAAAAAGAAUUGGAAAAAGAAGGUAUUACAACUGAAGAGGAGGCACCUUUGAAUAUCAAGGAAAAAAAAUCCGAGAAAACUGUUCAAGAAGAUGUUCUUGAAAGUAGUGUAAAAAAAGAUGAUGAAAAGCCAAUUUUAGAUGUUGAAUCAAAAGAAGCUAAGAAAGCUGCGGAUGACGAAGAAAAAGCUGCCAGCGAACAACCACCUCUGGAUAUUGUGGAAAAGUCAUCAAAGGAAACUGAAGAGAAAGAAACAGAUGAAACAACUAAAGAAGAAUUACCAGUUGGCACUAAAGUAGAGGAUUCAGAGAAAGAUACUACCACUUUGAAAUCAGAAGUAGAGGAAUUGGAAAAAUCUGAAGAGCAACCUUUAGAUAUUAAAAAGAAAGAAGUUGUCGAAACCAAAGAUGACGUCGCCACAGAAAAAUCUAAAGAUGUUGAACAGGCUGUUUCUUCAACUACCAAAGAAACAACAAAACCUGAAGUUUUGGAAACUGAAAAACCGAAGCCCGCAGUUGCUGAUGAUGAUGAUUUGGAUGAUUUGGAUAUUUCGCCAGAAGAAAUCCGUAAACAUCUUGAAUCACAACCAGUUUAUAUUUUCACUUCAUUAGCCGGUGGUAUGCAAGUCAUACUUAGAUCAAAUAAUUUGGCGGCUAUUUUACAAGGUAAUGGAAUCAAAUUUGAGUAUCGUGAUUUGGGAACUGAUGAAGAAGCUAAAAAGAUUUGGAAAAGACAAGCUAAUGGUAAGACUUUACCAGGUGUUGUCAGAGGAGAUGAUUAUAUUGGUAAUUGGCAAGAAAUCGAGGAUGCUAAUGAAGAAUACAGAUUGAGAGAGUUGUUAUAUGAAACUUUAUAG